UACAUAGUAACCUGGGGGUAGUAGGGAGUACGUAGAACGCCUGCGUUUACAACAUUCUGUUAUUCCUGGCGAACAUGGCGGCACCUGCGCUCUCUAGCCGGGCUGGUUCCGUGAGUAGCUUGGGGAAUAGCCCCACUGCGACUCCUGGUUCUACAAACAUGAACAAAAUGAUCCCUGGCUACCCAGAGCUCGACUUCAGGUCAGGGGCGAGGAUCGAAGAGCUGAAUCGGAUGAUCCACGAAUUUAGUAAACAUGACCAGAGGGAAUAUGACGACCAGCGAGCACUGGAGAUCCAUACGGCUAAGGACUUCAUUUUCUCCAUGCUCGGUAUGGUGCAGAAGCUGGACCAGAAGCUCCCCGUUGCCAACGAGUACCUGCUGUUGUCGGGCGGGGUGCGGGAGGGCGUGGUGGACAUGGACCUGGACGAGCUGAGCGUGUACGCGCGCGGCACCGACUACGACAUGGACUUCACUCUGCUGGUGCCCGCCCUGAAGCUCCACGACCGCAACCAGCCGGUCACACUGGACAUGCGCCACUCGGCCCUGUGCCACUCCUGGCUCAGCCUGCGCCUGUUCGACGAGGUCACCAUCAACAAGUGGAAGGACUGCUGCACGGUAGUGGACCACCUGAACGGCGCCACCAACUACUUCUUCUCGCCCACGCUGGUGGCCGACUGGUUCCAUGAGUCCAUCAGCGUGGUGCUGGCCGAGAUCCAGAAAAAGCCGCAGCGGGGCAUGCCGCGCGUGGAGAAGGUGGAGAAGAACGGCACCAUCAUCUCCGUCAUCCUGGGCGUAGGCAGCAGCCGCAUGCUCUACGACAUCGUCCCCGUGGUCUCCUUCAAGGGCUGGCCUGCGGUGGCCCAGAGCUGGCUGAUGGAGAACCACUUCUGGGACGGCAAGAUCACGGAGGAGGAGGUGAUCAGCGGCUUCUACCUUGUGCCCUCCAGCUCCUUCAAGGGCUGCAAGGAGAACGAGUGGCGCCUGUCGUUCGCCCGCAGCGAGGUGCAGCUGAAGAAGUGCAUCUCCAGCAGCCUCAUGCAGGCCUACCAGGCAUGCAAGGCCCUCAUCAUCAAGCUGCUGUCGCGUCCCAAGGCCGUCAGCCCCUACCAUCUCCGCAGCCUCAUGCUGUGGUCCUGCGACCGCCUACCCUCCACCUACCUGGGCCAGGAGGACUUUGGCGCCCACUUCCUCCUGGGCCUCAUCGACGACCUGCAGCACUGCCUGGUCAACAAGAUGUGCCCCAACUACUUCAUCCCGCAGUGCAACAUGCUGGAGCACCUGUCGGACGAGACCGCCAUGCUGCACGCGCGCAAGCUGUCGUCGGUGCGCUCCGACCCGGCCGAGCACCUGCGCACGGCCAUUGAGCAAUCCAAGUCGGCCAACCGGCUGACGCUGGAGCUGCAGUGGCGCGGCAGCAGCUCGGGGCUUCCGUCUCCGCAGUCGGACGCCAGUGGUGAGCAGCAGCCCGACGACCGGCUUGCCAAGAAGCUGCAGCAGCUGGUGACUGAGAACCCCGGCAAGUCCAUCUCCGUCUUCAUCAACCCGGACGAUGUCACCAGGCCCCACUUCCGCAUCGAUGACAAGUUCUUCUGAGGACCCUGGGACCGCAUGCUCACUCGCUCUCUCCUUCUCUUUCUCUCUCUCACACACACACACACGCUCGCGUACACAGUCACACAAAACGUUUUGUAUCAUCCUUCCUGUAAUGGAGUUGAUCAUAUGGGGAGGAUUGUGCCAGAAGGGAAAAAUGAGUUAGUUUUAUCUCCCUAGAGAGUGGCCCUGUUCCAGAACUGAGAAUACAGGGCUUCGAGAAGCCUGACCUCUGAGAGAGGGAGAGAGAUAGAGAGAGGUAAGGGAAGGUUGUCCUGAUUCGUCAAGUUUUUUAUUUGACUUUGUUGGCUUAAUGUAAAUGAAACAGGCUUAAGGACUCUUGUGGAUUGUGGUUUUAUGUUUUUUGCACAGUUAAAGUCUUAGCGACGGUCUAAGAGCUGGUCUUAGCUUGGGCACCAUUUUUUUAUUAUUGUGCUCCAUUUAACUCUUCAGCGAUCACCGACAACUAGAGAACAUGUGUCACAAGUUUAGAGCUGUUAGAGAAACGUACGCUUCAUAAUAUAUUCCCAUUAAGGCUAGCUAAAGUUCAUCCGUACAGUCAUUGUCAUACCUUUCAUGUGUGAAGUGAACAGUUCUGCAACCUCGAAUGGAAUAUGCCAAAAGAAACUCUGCGGAAUGGACGCUCAAAGACUCAUAUCUGCAUACUUAAGUGCAAUUAGUUUCAACACACACUGACACACUGGUGCCGUUUGUAUAUGACUUUUGAUUUGAUUUGAUUUGAUUUGACACAAUACGUUCUAUACACGCACACACAUACAUUCAGACAUACACCCACACACCUACAAACUCCCAUGAUCUUUAAUGCAACACAUAAUCUAUUCUCCAUUAUCACUGCUGCAGUCAUAUCCACUACCAGCUCCUUGUCCUAGGUCUCCGUUUGUGGAACUACUACUGUUGGUUUUUGUCUUAUUUUCUAUGUCUGCUGCUAAUUUUACUUUUUUGUUUUUGUUUUGAUAAGUUACUCUAAUGCGAACAAUUUUUCAUUUGAAUGUGCAUUGCUACUGUGUAAAUAGUCCUGUAAAAUGUCUGAUUUUGUUCCAUAAAAUGGAUCCCGCUCAUGGUGUACAAGACCCAAACGAGGCCAUAUUAUCUUGAGUGUCAGCCAAUCAAUGGACUUUAAAAUCGGUACAAGCCAGUAUCAACCUGGACGAGGCAGACCAAUCAGAACUGACCAAACACAAACCCACAGAAUCAGCAGGGACCAAUCACACUGCCUUACAGCAUCGUCCUGGACCAAUCGUCUGUUUGCUAUCGAGUCAAGAGGAGCACCUCAAUGCCCUCAGGGGUUCCUCUGUGGUAAAUCUGCAGACAUUUGAAAGGCACUGAGGGUUGAUCCCAUCAGUUAAGGUUUCAAUUUCAGACAAGCCGCCAGUCAAAGGUUUAAUCCGAAAGGAAUGCAUUUUAACACUUGUAAGUAUAUCACUAUGUACCAAAAUCAAAUUGUGUGAGUUUUGAAGGAUGGUCUUAACAGCAGAGUCACUAAUAUAUUGAUAAUAGAUCACGGAAGAACUUAGAAGGGGCGCUCAACUGCAGAGACUGCUGUCUGGUGUAAGAGAGAUAAACAUGCAAAAUUACUGUGUGAUGAAUAAACUUAAACAAGACCCUGCAGUCCUCACUAA